CACACACACACACACGCGCGCGCGCGCCUCCAGCUACUAUCAACACGCGCGCGCGUUUCGGCAGCCUUCACUUCUGACUGAGUGACUGUCACGCGGAAUUGCUGUUUACCUGUGCCUUUAACGCCAUACGAACAUAAAAUGAAAGCAUAUCUGAAGUGCUAUUCCAUUCCAUAAUGUGUGAGGCUGCAGUGGGAGCCUAUGUUGGACGCGGAACCCACUGAAAAAAGUGGUUACGUCACACCCGCCUGACCAAACGAGUGACAAGCGCAACUCCCAAACCAGCCUGGGUUGCCAGAUUUGGCCAUGACGGAGGAGGCAGAAGUGAGGGUGUAGCUGUUGCAGUGGAGCAAGAUAUCGCAAACACCGUCCUUUACUCCCACAGAUCAGAUGAUGGGUGAAGCUGAAGAUGAGAGGAACCAGACAGCACGGCUGUUUGAGAACUUUGUCCAGGCCACAGACUGUAAAAGCACCCUGCAGGCCUUCAAUAUUUUGUGCGGUUCCCUGGAGCUGGACCCUCUGGAUCACAGCAGCUUCUACAGCGGCCUGAAGAGCUCGCUGACCUGCUGGAAAGCCAAAGCUCUGUGGAGUAAACUGGACAAGAGAGCCAGCCAUAAAGAGUACAAGAGGGGCAAAGCAUGUGAGGGCAUUAAGUGCUUGAUUAUUGGAGGAGGACCCUGCGGCUUGCGGACGGCCAUCGAGCUAGCUUUUCUCGGAGCCAAAGUGGUGGUGAUAGAGAAGAGAGACACGUUCUCCAGAAACAACGUCCUGCAUCUCUGGCCCUACACCAUUCAUGACCUCAGGGCUUUGGGAGCCAAAAAGUUCUAUGGGAAGUUCUGCGCUGGAGCGAUUGACCAUAUCAGCAUUCGACAGCUCCAGCUCAUGCUCCUGAAGAUCGCUCUGCUUCUCGGUGUGGAGUUUCAUGUUAAUGUGGAGUUCGUCAAGCUGGCCGAGCCUCCAGAGGACCAGGAGAAUGAAGGGCCGGGCUGGAGGGCAGAGAUUCGGCCUGCCGAUCACCCAGUGGCCGACUUCGACUUUGAUGUGGUGGUGGGAGCUGAUGGAAGAAGAAAUUCUUUAGAAGGGUUCAGGCGGAAGGAGUUUCGUGGCAAACUAGCCAUCGCCAUUACGGCAAACUUUACCAACAGAAACACCACCGCUGAGGCGAAGGUGGAGGAGAUAAGCGGAGUCGCCUUCAUCUUCAACCAAAAAUUCUUUCAGGAUCUCAGACAGGAAACCGGGAUUGAUCUAGAGAACAUCGUUUACUACAAAGACAACACACACUACUUUGUCAUGACAGCUAAGAAGCAAAGUCUGCUGGACAAGGGCGUCAUCAUUCAUGAUUAUAUCGACACUGAGGCACUGCUGAACAGUGAGAAUGUAAACCAAGAGGCUUUGCUGGUGUACGCACGAGAGGCAGCAGACUACGCCACACAUUACCAGCUGCCCACACUGGACUAUGCUGUGAACCACUGCGCACAGCCGGACGUGGCCAUGUUCGACUUCACCAGCAUGUACGCGUCUGAAAACGCCGCUCUGGUCAGGGAGAGGUUUGGUCAUAGUGUGCUGGUGGCUCUAGUGGGAGACAGUCUUUUAGAGCCCUUCUGGCCAAUGGGGACAGGCUGUGCUCGAGGCUUCUUAGCAGCUUUUGACACAGCUUGGAUGGUGAAAAGUUGGGCUCAGGGCAGAAAUCCACUGGAAGUGCUGGCAGAGAGGGAGAGUCUGUACCGAUUGCUACCUCAGACAACACCAGAAAACAUUGCUAAAAACUUUGAUUUGUACACCAUAGAUCCUGGAACUAGAUAUCCAAACCUGAAUUCAAACUGUGUGCGGCCACAUCAGGUCCGCAACAAUUAUAUCUGUGGCGAGAUGAAGCUGUGCUCUCUGGAACGAGCCGCCACCAUACGGCGUCCUGUCAACUUGGCUAGGCGAGAGUCUGAGAUCAGACCGAGUCGGUUGCUGACGUGGUGUCAGAAGCAGACGGAGGGCUACAGGGAUGUAAAUGUGACUGACCUCACUUCCUGCUGGAGCAGUGGCCUGGCUCUCUGUGCGCUCAUCCACCACUUCAGACCGCAGCUCAUCGAUUACGAUUCUCUGAAUGAGCAAGACUGUGCCAGAAACCUUCAGCUGGCAUUUGAUGUGGCCGAGAAGGAGUUUGGCAUUAAACCGUUCAUCACAGGGAAAGAACUCGCCUCGGGUCAGGAGCCGGACAAAUCCAGCAUGAGCAUCUACCUCUCCAAAUUCUACGAGCUCUUCCGUGGAACACCUCUACCUCCUUCAGAUUCAAAGCGAGAUGGCGAUGCAAAUAAUGAAAAAUGGCCAUCAGGCUCUCCCAAACCUGUUUACAAAUCACUGAGUUUACAGCCCCGUAAACGCAUACCAAAGAAUGAUAAAAAGGUUGAAGACUCUGACGCCAUAUCUAAGAGAAGGCGGAAAUUGAAUUACUUGGAAGAGACAACCAAAUCCUACAAUCAGAGCUCUUCUGCAUCCAGCGAGGGGAGGGAACUCAAGGAAAACAAGGUCAAGUUCAUGGCCACUCAGCUUCUAGCCAAAUUUGAAGACAGUACAGCAAGCUGCUCUCUUCGCAGACAGUCUGACUGUAAUGGUGAGAGGCCUCCUAGACCUCCAUCGCUUGAUAUGACUGAUAGUUCCUUCUUUAAUAUUAUCAAGAAGAAGGUUCCUCCGCCGCCACCUCCUAAAAAACAGUUUCCAUCCAUUGCCCGUGUGCAACACAGCGAUGAGUCUUCACAUCCUCUGUUCCUCUCGCUUCAUUCCAGUCCUCUGAAUCCACGGAGGAAACCACUUCACCCGUCACACACACACACACAUGCUCACCCGCCUCACACAGAGCCAGACACAGAGAGCUCAGGAAGCCGCACAGCAGUGCUGGCUGUGACCGCGAUGCUCCAGCGCCUCCAGAGGGUGGAAGAAGAGAUCAGCCAGAGGAAAGCCCAGACUCAAAAGGCCAGGGAGUUUCACAAAAAAAGCAUAAAGGAGAAGGCUGUGCAUUUGAGCGCUCUGUUCUCUGGCGAGGCCUCCGCUCCUGAUCAGAUGGAUAGAUCUCAGACUGGGCUGUUAGACACGCAGCUUCAUGAAGAGAAGAGACAAUCAGCGAAGCGCUUACAGGCUCACACUUCUUCUGUCCAUCUCCCUUCUCCCAAACCCCUGACCACCACUUUAAAUCGUCUCCCACAAUGCACUGCUUCAUCCUGUCCUCCUCUCUUUUCUUCCUGUCCAUCUUUUCCAAUCCAGCAGGUGUUUAAACCCAAACCGUUACAUGAGCAGCAUUUAAAACAGGCCAAAACAGUGAACUCGUCGCAUCUGUUAAGCAGUCACGGAACGUCUCAUUUUAGCAAAACUGAGAUCCCUCAGUCCGAGGACAACACAAACGUUAGAGUCUAUGAUAAGACCAGUUCUUCCACUGUCCAUCCUCAUUCUAACUCCAUAAUAUUUCACCCCAUCCCAGAACGCACUGCUCCUCUUCAUCUUUCCUUUUCCUUCUUUUCUGCUUUCUCAGUAAGUAAAUCAAAGUCUGAAACACGCAAUGGCAUAAAUAUGCAAAGAGAAUCAGAAAGUAGCUCUCAAAUGUCUGACAGCAGCAGUAGCACAUCAUCCUUUACUGUAAGAAAACAAGCAGACGUUCCUCAAUCUAAUGGAGACUUGAGUGCUACUAAACAGCGCACCGUAGGCAAAGUGUCUCUGGUAGUGGGUGCUAGAGCCGACGCUCUGGUUACCCUGUAUGAAAAUGAUCAUAGACCACAGACAAGCAGCUCUGGCACUCCGCCUUCCAUAAAGAGAGAGUUUCCUCAGAGUGUGGCCGAUGUGUGUCAUGCCUGUAAGAAGCGUGUGUUUGUGGUGGAGCGACUCAGCGCAGAAGGAUUUCACUUCCACAGGGAGUGUUUCCGCUGUGAGACCUGCAGAGCUCCACUGCGUCAGGGAGGACAUUGCUUCCAUUCUGAGGAAGGAAAGUUGUACUGCAAACUCCACUUUGCUCAAAGGAAACCCUUAGUGAAGAAUGGGAGAACAGAAACUCUACAUACGACGUGUAAUGACGGCUCUCACCGAGGCUCAAGCUGGACUCCAGAGAGCCGUGAGGAUCAUCUCCAGGCCGAGUCCACAGAGAUGGCUUGCAUUUCAGAAACCCUCACACAAUCGCUUUCGUGCCCCCAUGAAAGCAGGCCGUUACUGCAGUAAAUGGUCUUUUUGUUAGUAGCACCUUUUUCGGACAUGUUGUAAAACUGUUUGAAGAUUUUAAUGAUCAUUUUUGCUGUAUAGUUUUCAGACAAAACAUGUGUUGUUGCCUUAUUUAUGUUAUAUAAGCCAUACUCAUGCAAUAAAAGAAAGAUCAAGGUUCUUGUCA